GGGUAGAUAUGCAGGGAGACAAAGAAAUGGGAAGGUCUCCUUGUUGUGAUGAGAAUGGUCUCAAGAAAGGUCCUUGGACUCCUGAAGAAGAUCAAAAGCUUGUCCACUUCAUACAAGAACAUGGCCAUGGAAGUUGGAGAGCUCUCCCAAAGCUUGCAGGUCUUAACAGAUGUGGGAAGAGCUGUAGAUUAAGGUGGACAAAUUACUUAAGGCCUGAUAUCAAGAGAGGCAAAUUCUCUCGAGAAGAAGAACAAACCAUUCUCCACCUCCAUUCCAUCCUUGGCAACAAAUGGUCAGCAAUAGCAACCCACCUGCCUGGACGAACCGACAAUGAAAUCAAGAACUUCUGGAAUACCCACUUGAAGAAGAAGCUGAUUCAGAUGGGUUUUGAUCCCAUGACCCACCAGCCAAGAACUGACCUUUUUGCCACCCUACCUCAUCUUAUGGCCUUGGCCAACCUAAGAGACAUCAUGGAGCAUCACCCAUUAUUACAAGCAGAAGCUCAGUUGACCAAGCUUCAGUACCUACAGUAUAUGUUCCAAUCUGCCACUAAUUCAGUAUCCAAUCCAUCAUUUUGUCAAAAUGGGAUGACAGACAUGGAGGUCCUAGAACUACUCAACUCAAUCAAACAAAACCAACUAGGACUGGAAAUGGAGGACCAGCUCUCCUCAUUUUCCAUUGGAAAUAUUAAUGGUACUGGUGCAGAUCAACCACUCCACCACCAUCAAAACCCAAAUCCUCCUUUAUUAUCAGUCCCACAACAAGUCACUUUCCAAACAUCUCUCACGACUAAUAAUAUCAUUGACCAAACAAAUAACUUAUCUGAUAUUGCUCCAUGGAUUAAUCUUCCAUCUCCUACCGAUCAUCAUCCUUCUUCUGUCCCUCCAUCUGUAAUCGAAACACCACCGCCGUCGAACAAUCCUGCCGGGGAUGCUAGCACUACUACUUCUAGCUACGGUGGAGAGAGUACUACUACUUCUUCUUUAUGUUGGAGUCAAUUUUCUUUUGAAGAUUCUAUUUUGCAAGAGCUUUCAUAGUUUGGCUUGGAUCGGUUGCAUGUAUAUCUUCUUGUGUAGUCUUCUGUUACUGUGUUAUACUCUAUAUACCAUCCCAUAUCUUCCACAUACAUAUAGGUUAAUUGAUUUAUAUACUAUAUAUAUGUGUGUGUGUGUAGUAAUAUAGGGAUUUAAUUUUGUGAAUUAGUUUUGAGUUUUCUUUCUUCUGAAUCUAAUAAAUAGAAGACGUACUUCUUUUGCUUUUUA